UCGACGCAGUAGCACGUGGAUACAGCCACCAAUAGCGUGUAGUCAAAGGAGGGAGUUUACGCGAACGAUAUUGUCGCUUGUCAUCUUCCAUGUGUAUAAGCCGACUAUAACCGAAUCGUAACGAAAACGACCGAUUCAUGAUGCUGCGAUGGAUCUGUCGAUCGCUCCUUGCACGCUUUUCACCAGUAAUAACAGCAAAGUGCAGUAGUAGUAAUUGCACUAGCAGCACGACAUUGGUCGAUGCUAUGCAUCGCGUACGCGUCCUGUAAAUUAGUGCUUCGUGCAAACGAUAAAGACGAUCUGUCGUCUCGUAUGUAGAGAGGAGACGGCAGAGAGUGAGAGGGGGGAGGGAUAGAGAGAGAGAGAGAGAGAGAGAGAGAGAUAGAAAGUGAAACUCGCGAGGGAUACGCGUCUCGCGCGAGGUUUUAUCGUACGCGAGUGCGUUCGAUUACGCCGAAUAAAGGAAGCGAGAAAAAAAUCUAAAAGUUGUAUCGACUAAAGAGCCGGUGAUGAAAGAGACGGCGGAUAAAAGUAGGGGUGAAAUGACUCGUAAAAAUGUGGGUUGAGAAAGUGAAAAAGGAAGGCUGAGAGAACGAAGACCGGUCGAUUGGUCGUUGUCGCGCGCGCGACAAGAAACAAAAGAGAGGAAGAAAGCUUUGUGACUCCGAAGCGGACGGCCCUCGCCGUUGCCAAAGCGUAUCCUCGCUUGCAGCGAAGAAUGGAUGCGCAAGGAGGAAUGUCGCGCAACGUCGGUCCUGGACUUUAUGAAUUUCUUAUGGAGGCAGAAUUGCAACAGUAUUAUCCAGGUAUUCGGGGGGACCUAAAAGUUCAAACAACGGCGCAGUUAAAAUAUGUGACCGAAGAAGAUUUGAAUGCCAUAGGAAUGAGUAAACCUGAAAUGAGACGCUUAAAGAAAUAUUUUCAAAAGCACUUUCCUCAAAAUUAUCUGUCAAAGUUCAAGAAGAUGUUACUACCAAAGCGCGAAGAACAAACACCCAGUGCUCUUGGUAUGUUACCGGAGGAAAGGCAGGAUAGGCCUCCGGUACGCGUUCCUAACAAGCACAUGAUUCCUGCCGAUGCGAUAAUAGUGAACAAGGAGUUAGGGACAGGAGAAUUUGGAGUCGUACAACAAGGCGUAUGGACCAACGACGGCGAAAGGAUACAAGUUGCAAUAAAGUGUUUAUCGCGAGAGAGAAUGCAGAAUAAUCCCAUAGAAUUUUUAAAAGAAGCUGCCAUUAUGCACUCCAUCGAUCACGAACACAUAGUAAGAUUAUACGGAGUUGUUUUGGAUACAAAUUCAUUGAUGCUAGUAACGGAAUUAGCGCCAUUGCGUUCUCUACUAGAGUGUUUGAAGGAGCCGAGUUUACGGGCCAGUUUUCCCGUUUUGUCGCUAUGCGAUUUCGCCGUUCAAAUAGCCGAUGGAAUGCAAUACUUGGAAGCAAAGAGACUGAUACAUCGAGAUUUAGCCGCAAGGAAUAUCCUUGUCUUUUCUAAGAACAAAGUUAAGAUAUCAGAUUUUGGAUUGUCCCGUGCGCUCGGCGUCGGUAAAGAUUAUUAUCAGACGAACUUCAACGUGAAUUUAAAAUUACCGAUCGCGUGGUGCGCUCCGGAAUGCAUAUCUUACUUGAAGUUUACAUCCGCCAGCGAUGUAUGGGCGUACGGCGUGACCCUUUGGGAAAUGUUCAGUUAUGGAUUUCAACCGUGGGCCGCGCUUACGGGUCAUCAAAUUCUAGAAGCCAUCGACGAACCAAAUUUUCAAAGACUCGAACAACCAGAAUGUUGCCCGAAAGAUUAUUUUUCAUUGAUGCAACAAUGCUGGCAGCACGAGCCGUCCAAACGGCCGAAAUUUUCCGAAUUGAUCAAUUUGUUGCCGGACUUAAAGCCGGAGCAAGUCCAAGCUGUGCAGGACAGCACGGAAGCGGGACAAUUGGUCUAUAGACAAGGCGAUAUAAUAACCGUGCUGGACAAAGGUAGUAGCAAUACCAUGUGGAAGGGCGUCUUAAACAAUGGGAAAACGGGGAUCUUUAAUCCCGCCCACACGAUAGCAUAUCUUGGGUCGAAUUUACCGAGCAACAAGCCAGGAGAAUUUACAAGAGGCGACGGGAAAAACGCCUUUUCCUCUCAACGCAGGAAAAUUCGUACGGAUAUGAUAUCUUCUCCUCAGGGCGAUUUGAAACACACCGGUCACGUUGGCCUGGACGGAGCAUAUUUCGGUGAUAUCAGUUUUCUCGGUGGCAAGUACCCACAUUUACCGCGUCAAGUGGUAACCCCCUAUAAGCCGCAGGAAGAUGUAACGGAUAAUUCUAGUCAAAUUUUAAAUCAGGAUGUAAGAAGUUUAGAGAUAGACAGAGAAACUUUGAGGGAUAGCAGGGCUUUGCAACAAGAACAGCAAAGUAAACAUGACAGUUUAUGGUCCGACGUUAAUUCCGAGAUGUGCCAAUUGGGAAGCGUUUCUAACCCGAGCAAACAAGCUGCCGUCGUGUCGUCAAAUCCGAUCGGUAAUAUCGAAAGUCUCGGUGCCGACCACGAAUACCACGAGAUCAGCGACGAGGAGAAUCAAGACAGUCCGUUGAGAUUCGACAAAACGCUAAACUUUGACUUUGGCCCGAGCCUUUUGGCUGAGAUGGAUCAAAUGUUUAGGUCUCUGGGUUCUUCCGCUCCUCCACCGCCGCCCGGGCACCCUUUACCUACCGAACACGAAUCGAGCAACGCAAGAAACGAACUUCGGGAAAUACAGGCAAAGCAAUGCAGCAAGAAGAAACAAGCGACCGUGAGUCCCAUAAAUGUGAAGCCUAUCUCUGCAGCCGAUCAGAAAACACUCUACUCGGCCAUUGCUAUGGCACAGGAAUUGACAGCACGUUCCAUGACAGAUCUUGAACAUCCACCGGAGUCUCCCCGAACACCCGCCAGUCCUUCAAGACGCAGAAAAUUCUCUUUUAAGUUGCCACAUCAACACAGUCCCAAACCAGACAGACGACACUUUUCAGAAGAAGCAGCCAGAAUACCUGACAUGCAGGCGACGUUGUCGGAGGAAGCCAAGGAGGUGUACAACAGCCUGGUCGAAACACCAGCGAUCGAAAGCGCACAAGACACGAAUCCUCUUCGUAUGUUGCGUUCGGGAUUGCCUGUGGUGAGACCAAGAGUUCGUGGUAACAAGCACGCGACCCUUGGCCACAGUAUGUCCCAUCCGGAGGACGCAUCUUCGGAACACGCUUUUCAAUUUGUGGAUAUGCAUCACGGCGGAGCAAAAACCUUGCCAAAGAUUCGAGCACCGCCACCUCCUCAUCUGCCACCUCCCUUACCUCAAACUCGAAGCUUGGAGAGGCAUCACUCCGCUUUGGAGAUCGAGAACAAUCAGAAUCAGAGUAACGUCGACGAAAAUCCGAUACCAUUGCCGCCGCGAGAUCGUUCGAAAACGUUACAACCGAAAUCGAGCUUGCCCAGACAUCAAAGGAAACAUCCGUUGAUCAUACCGGGUGGAGGAGUGACGAGGACCCUCGCCAAAAUGGCCGUCACGACGCCGCCCGCUCUGGAGGAUCAAGUCGACGGUAAUUUUCUCCUUCAAUAUGCGAAUUCACCGACCACCAGUACCUCCACCCUGCAGGAGAGCUACUCUCCGGAAGUUUCGACCAACAGUCCGGAAGAAUUCGAGCAGCGCAUCGAGUCGGAGCUUGCCGCUCUGGAUUCUUUGCCCAUGGACGAAAGCAAGAUGCAUCGUUGCAGCGUCAUCUCGGAGGAUCUACUCGAGUUCUCUGACAAUCUGAUCGAUCCCGAGGAUACAGGAUCCUGUACUACUGAGAACGUAUCGGAGGAAACGAACGAUUCCGUUGACGUUGGCGUUAGGAGAAAGAUCAGCGUUGAGUCGAAAAAUUCGCAAAAAAGCGUCGCUUCGAAAUCCCUCGAGGAAGAGACCGAGACGGGGCUGCCCAGUAGAAACUCCACUACGUCUAGCUCGAGCAGAUCGGAGGACUCGAGUCUCUCAAAUAAGAACGAAUCUCCUAGCGUAACUUCGAUCGCAAGGUCGUCCCAGCCGACGAGCGCGAGAGGAGGAGGAUCGUCGAGCCAUCAAAAAAGAUCUUUCAACUGUACGCUUCAGAUAGAACGGUCCUUUGCGGAGGAAUCCAGCGUGAUCGCUAGCACCGGUACCACCACGCAGUACAACGCAAAUACCGUGAAAUCCUCUGGAUCGGACAACGCGAAUCGCAAAGAUCCUAGUUGCUGUAACAACGACAACUAUCUUACGUCCAAUACGAAAUCGUACGAUCGCGAAGAAUCGGAUAAAUUGGUAGUCGCGCGUAACAGCGAUCUUUCGCGACAAUCCGAUCACGUUUCCUGCGAGGAUCUUUUAGAGUUCGCUUGCGACGGUCCGAACGCUCGCAGAACACGUGGUCCGCGUAACGGCGAACAGUCCGACGAAGUGAGAAUCAUGUUGAAGGUUUUGCACGAUCAAUCGACUCCCGAGUCCUGCAUAGCGGCCUUGAACGUCACCGGCUGGGACGUCUUGACGGCGAUAAAGCUCGAACGUCUUCAAGGCUUGUUGAAAAGGGAGAACAAUUUUGUCGGUCUCGAGGAUUGCAAGCUGAUGCUCAGCCAGUGCGGCGGGGACGUCGUUAAAGCGGCCGCCUUGCUACGAAACACCGAUGAUACCGCUGCGGUUUAAUCCUCGAGACGCAACGAUUCAAUACGCUUUUGUUUUUCUUUCUUUUUUUUUUUUUUUUCUACGGAUAAUCGAGAUUCGCGAGAUUUUUAUUUAUUUCCUUAGGGCUUUUUCCUUUUAUAUAGCGAUACAAAAAUAUAGUAUUUCAAGGCGAUGCGCUUUUCCAACUUUAUUAUCGCGUCGAGUCUUUGCACUCGAGGGGCAAUCGAAUUUUCCAAAAAUUCGUGCCAGCCUGUUUCAAAGAAACGUUUAAUCGUCUAUUUUAACCGAAUCGCUUAUUUAAUUUAUCCUACUAUUUUUUCGCAGAGUAAUUUGCAUUUUUAUUGUAUCUUUACACGAUGUGAUAUACUUUGCACAAUAAGUAAUCUCGUCAAAUAGUCGGUUUAUCAUUAUCAUUUAGAUGAUAAAGCUGAAUACACUCACACACACACACACAUAUAUAUAUAUUCGAUGUAUUUUCUAUCUUCCGUUUUGCCAAGGUUUAAUAAUAGGAGCGAAAGUUUUAUAAGGAAAGUCUGCGUUCGGCCAUUAAUUAAACUUUACGUAACGGAUAAACGUAGGAAAAUUUGUAGCAUAUUACGCUUUGAGGGCCGUAUAGUCUCUCCCCUCUCUCUCUCUCUCUCUGUUUAUAUAUAUAUAUAUGUAUGUAUGUAUGUAUGUAUGUAUGUAUAUACAUAUAUACAUAAAAUUGUGUAUUUUAUUUUACACAUAAAGAUGCCCGUUUAGUCAUUUUACUUUACUAUCGUACUUGGGAAGAAAAAAAAAGAAAAGGGAAGAAAAGAAAAAAAAAUGAACGCGAUCGAGUAUUUUACAAGACAAUCAGUUUUUUACGCGUCGAUACGUUUAAUGAUCGCGCUGAUUCAAGCGCGAAGCGAGGAGAUUGCACGUAAUACGAUAAGCUCGUUUGAUUCCUUCGCGUGUAGACAAAUUUGUUUAUUCGUUGAUACGUAAUUUUGAUACGAAGAUAAUGUAUUUUUUCUAUCCCCAUUUUUCAGUGUGACGUGUGCGCAGGGCCUACCGCUAUAUAGCAUUUCUCUUUGCGAUUUUAAUUAUUAUUCUCGCUCGGUUUCGUCGAUGUCUUGGCGGUGAAAUAGAAAAAAGGGAAUUUAAUAUCGAGAGAAAUAUUUCGUAACGUUUCCGUGCUCGUUCAGGGAAUAAUUUUCUACUCGAGAACGAGCGGCAAACUUUCCUUCGUUUUCACGCCGUCGGUAGCGUCGAAAGGAUAGCGAGAUUAUAAAAUGAAAUAAAAAACGAACAAUAAUAAAAUGUAAGAACGGUGAACGUAAUAAGACUAACGAGAAGAAACACCACGUUCCUAAUUUUUUAUCGAAACGCAACCCACGUUACUCACAGAUCAAGACGUUGAUUAUUCUUAAACUUUAAAUCGGUCGUUCACCGAUAAUAACGAUAAUAGUAAUAAUUAUAUCAUAAUAAUAUUACAGUAAUAUAAUCAUAAUGGUUUGUAUACGUAAGUAAUGUGUAAUUUUUAUACGCGUACGUCGUUGAUGCGCGUUCGACGAACUCUACUAAAGAAAGCCGUUGUGAUAAGCCGUAUUGACUCCCUUUCGCGUGAGAAAUAAGUUGAGCAAACAUUCUUCUCUUUAUACAUAUACGUAUUAUAUAUAUAUCUUUAUACAUACGUAUUUCAUCUUUCAUCCUCGAACGAUAGUUCUUUUCGCGAAAGACCACUAUUGCACGCGUAUCCACAAACGGAAAAACAAGAAAGGAAGAAGCCACGCAUCCUUGUCCCGAAGAAAAAUCUAACAUUCGUAAUUUAAGUGUCGAUUAAGGAAAGUCGAUAUUUUAUAAUUUAUAUACAUAUAUAUAUACACAUUAUUAUUAUUAUUAUAUAUCAUAUAAGUAGCCUGAUUAUCUCGGACGACCAUUUCGUAGUCUCUCCAAGAUAAAGGAAACCCACGAUUUUAUAAUAUUGUAACAAAGAGCGACAACUCGAGUCGGGUAGUCGUCGACUCGUGUCAUUUCAACGAAGCCAAAAAAGCAUCCCACGUAACCCCGUUCGUCGUCGGUCGACGUAACGAGUAAUUCGAAGAAUUACUCGUUGGCGACGUUAGAUGAUAAUUGAUAAGCCAUUUCUUUCAGAGAAAGUUAACGCACCUCGGUGAUACGCUUUCUUUUCUCUUUUUUCUUGUUUUUUCUUUCAAAGGGCCACUGUACUUACGAGCGCGCCCUAUAGAUAGAAAUAUCAUCGAAAAACGAUUAAAACUUAUUGUUAAUUAUUACUACGAAUUAUUAUUACUAUUUAUCGAUUAUUACACGCUAGCUAGCGAUACGAGUCAAACGGAAAAAGAGAGAAAGAGAAAAUAGUUGCUUCGUGCGCGAACAACGAAUCGAAUAAUUUGUUUCUUCGAGUAGUUGCAAUAAAUUGGAACAUUGAAUUUUUAAUUGCGAGCAUUUCUCUCUCUUCCUCUCUCUCUCUCUCUCUCUCUCCCCCUCUCGAAGCCUUUUUACUAAGGAAACAAGAGAAAUAAGACCGAUCGGUCUCGGCACCGUGAUAUCAAAUGUAUGUAAUGACUGCACGAAUUUCGUAUUCGUAUACCUUUGCAGUCCGAAUUAGAAGUAAGUUCGUACCCUCGCCGUAACCCUUUUUGAUACGCGAUCUUACUCUAAGGUUUUUAACACAUUUGUACGUCUUUCUCACACACACACACACACACACCUGUCUCGUUCUUACCCUUUCGUUCCCUUUCUGCGUCGUUAACGCGCCACGAACACGACAAUGUUUUAUAACUGCUGUACUUGCGACGAUAGAUAUAACGAUAUAAUAAUAUAUAUAUAUAUAUAUACGUACACGUCAUGUAUAUACACACACAGACACACAUAUAUAUAAAUGCGCAUGACUUCGUAAAUCAA